GCCAAGAAAAGAAAUAAACGGUGACCCUGGAGUUUUACAUGCACUGAUGAAGUCGAAGAAUCUUGACAUGAACGAUAUCGAUUCAUGGAAUGCUGAUUCUCUCCGUGCCGUAUGUCAGGCUUCUGGCAUAAAUGUUGCUGGCAUGUCAAACGGUCUAAUGGUUGCUGAGCUUCGAUCGUUGUAUGCAACAUUGUUGGUUGGCAUCUCUCCAUGUCACGAAUUCACAAAAGUUAUCGGACAUACUGGGGGAUUCUAUCAUUUUGUUUGCCGCCAUGGGACAACUGUUGGAUCAAAGUUCUUGAUGCUUCAAGAGUCUGUUCGGGAUGCAGCAGACAUAUAUCUUUCCCUGAAAUACCCACCGUCGCUUUUCGUGAAUGAUACACCAUGCACGUUUUCAAGGCAUCUUGAUAUUCGAGCGCCGAAUGUCACAAAAUAUCUUUGGGGAGAUAACGUUGGAUGUUUCGAACCACCAAGCUUAGACAAAUGUCCAUCCCAGGUUAGCGUACCUCACCUUGUACCGCUGGAAUUUCAAUCUAGUAGAAUGGGAUAUAAGGACGAGAAAGAGCUUCAAGAGUGGGAACACCCUGUGACUGGUCAUACACAUCGCUAUGUUGUAGGGGAUAGAUUUCACUCCUCAACAAAUCCCCACAAAUCGCCUCUAUGCAGAUUUCAUGACUUGAAUUUAUGUGAACAGAAGAAUGCCAUUAAAACGAGUUAUCAGGAGAGCGAAAACAAUAGAAAAAAUUUUUUACGCCUUAGAAGCUCCACGAUGCAAAAAUUUUUGGUUCAUUUUCAUUACAAUUACCUAAUGGACUACUACCACAACGAGAAGAUUGUGGAAGAUCUAACCACCAAGAUGCUCGGUCGUGUAAGAGAAGAUGAAAAAUUAGUCAGAGGCCCAUACCAUAAACUUGUUGUUGAAGAAAAAUAAGGUGCGCCGCAUAUUAUGUAAUGUAUAGCGUUUUAACGUUUCUGCCAAAGGUUAUAUGUCAGAGAGGAGCACACAAUAUGAACAAGUGGCAGUUUCAUACAUCUU